UUAAUUUUAAAAAUACAAUUAAUAUUUCUAGUAUUGAAUGUGUAUUUGUUGUUAAGUGUAUUUAUAUUAACAACAAUGGUAUCGUUUAAAUUGUUAAUAUUAUGUGCAAUUAUUGGUGUAGCAUUAAGUGUACCACAAGGAUCAAAUCGAAAGAAUCAAUCAAAAGAAAAUGCACGCCGAAAAGCAUCGCAACCAUCUCAAAUUGUUGAAGAUAGUGAUGAAGAAUUAACAGAUCAAUGCCCUGAACCAAAUGGAUAUUUUGCCGAUGCUGAACAAUGUGAUAAAUAUUAUGACUGCCGAGAUGGUGUUAUUACAGAAAAACUUUGUCCAGAUGGUAUGGUUUUCAAUGAUUUUAGUUCCGAAUAUGAAAAAUGUGAUUUACCAUUCAAUAUAGAUUGCUCUACUAGACCUAAACUUCAAAAACCAGAUCCAAGUUUACAUUGUCGUAGAAAGAAUGGUUACUUCUCACAUGAAGAACCAAAUGUCUGUGAUAAAUUCUACUACUGCGUUGAUGGUAAAUUCAAUAUGAUUACAUGCCCUGAUGGAUUAGUUUACAAUGAAAAUGCUGGUAUCUGUUCAUGGCCCGAUGAAGCAAAACGUAAGGGCUGUUCAUCUGGUGAUGUAUUCCAAUUCCAAUGUCCAAAAGUAAAUGAAACAUUUGGAUUAACACAUCCACGAUAUGCUGAUCCAGAGGAUUGUCAAUUCUUCUAUGUGUGUAUUAAUGGUGAUACACCACGACGCAAUGGUUGUAAACUUGGACAAGUUUUUGAUGAAAGACAAUCAAGAUGUGAAUGGGCCAGAAAAGUACCUGAAUGUGCUGAUUGGUACAAAGGUCAAUUGACCGAUGAAGAAUUGGAUCGAUUGGAAAAUCCACCAACCACAGCCAGACCAAGUGGAAAUGCACCAUCACGUAGAAAGAAGCCACACCGGCCAUCUCAACGACAUGCUGAAGAAGAGGCGUAAAUGUGGAGAAAAAUAUAAUUUUAUAUUUUGUAAUAUUUUUAUAUUGUACCCUAAACAUAGAAAAGAAAAACCUAUCAGUCAGUGCCAAACAUUGAUUUAUAUCAAAUAACAAAUGAUUAUGUAUUUUAUUUUUGUGUUUUUUUA